GCGAGCAGCCCGGAGUUAGCGGCCUCUCAGUUGCCAUGGAGACCAGGACCGGAGCAGAGCGGCAGUCUGAGGAGUCGGAGACGCACGAAUGGCCCGAGUGGUCGCAGGUCUCGCGUCUGGCUGGGUCCAGCAGGCCCGACCAGUUCAGCGGCAAGUCCUCCUUGCCGUCCGAGGUCUUGCGCUGCAGCUUCGCGGCGCGGCCACGCAGGCUGCGGGCGCUGGCGCUGCCCCCGCACCCGGAGCCGCAGCCGCUGCGUCCGCGCCCCUCCUCGCUGCUCACGCAGGACAUCUCGCACUUGCUCACCCGCGUCUUCCGCAAUUUGUACUCGGUGGAGGUGAUCGGCGAGGACGUGAGCGCCAGCUUGAUCCAGGCCCGCGGCAGCGAGAACGCGCGCCACGAGGAGUUCGUGGACCAGCUGCAGCAGAUUCGGGAGCACUAUAAGCAGCGGCUGGAUGAGGUUGAGAUGUUGGAGAGACAUAUUACUCAGGCCCGUGCACGGGCCCUUGCUGAAACAGAGCGAGCCUUCAACCUGGUCCAAACUCAUGUGCUGGAGACCUCCACCCAGUUGCCUGCAGUGAAGACUGUCUUCAGGUGGUUUAUAGACAGCGAAUUGCUACAGAAGCAUCAUUUGAUCUGCCCAGAAGAUUACUACAGCGAUACAGUACCAUUUUGCUCUGCACCCAAAGGCACCUUCCACCCUCGAUAUUCAAAGUUGACAUUCAGUUGUGAGAAGCGUGCCAUCCCAAAGGCAGAGCUGGACAAGAAGCUUGCAGUGUCCUGCAGGGAGAAACUUCCUGCAUUUGAAGAUGACUUUGACCAUACUGUGGACAGCCUGACAUGGGACUCAACUCCUGCAGCUAAACAAAGAGCCAGAGAAGCUAUCAAGAAACCAAGUCCACCAAAGAAUAAAAAAUGGAUGAACCACUUACGAGUGUCACAGAGAGAACUGGAUCGACGUCAGCUUGCUAGAAUGGAGAGUCGCAACCACUUCUUAAAAAACCCUCGUUUUUUACCUCCUAACACUGCACAUGGAGGCAGAUCUCUUAUUUUUCCUCCAAAGAAGCCAGAACUUACAGGAGAAUUUCCAAAUGGAGAGCCAGAACAGAGUUGUGCAAAUACUCCUGUGUUCCUACCCAAGCCAUCAAUUGUGUUUUUCACAGAUUAUGAGGUUGGACUAGUUUAUGAGAUGAAAAUCACACUACAGAAUACCACUGCCUCCAGUCGCUACCUGCGAGUGCUCCCACCUUCUACACCAUACUUCGCUCUGGGACUGGGGAUGUUCCCAGGAAAAGGUGGAAUGGUGGCUCCUGGAAUGACCUGCCAGUACACUGUCCAAUUUAUUCCUGACUGUCUUGGGGAUUUUGAUGAUUUCAUUUUAGUCGAGACCCAGUCAGACCAGAAGCUUCUGAUCCCUUUGCAGGCCCGGAGACCACCUCCUGUGCUGACCUUGUCACCGGUGUUGGACUGUGGUUACUGCCUCAUUGGAGGAAUAAAGGUAACCAAAUUUAUCUGCAAAAAUGUAGGCUUCAGCACUGGCAAAUUCUACAUUAUGCCCAAAGAGAUUUGGCCGCCGAUAAGUUUAAGGGCUGCUGCAAGCACUGGCUUUGUUGGGCGGCCUCCCUUUGGAAUCAUGCCUUCGAGGUUUGAGCUGGCCCCAGGGGAUUCUGUAUUCCUGGAGGUUUUGUUCUUACCAACGAGCCUGGGAAGGACAGAGCAGACCUUUAUCAUCCUGUGUGACAACUGCCAGAUAAAGGAGCUGGUGAUUGCAGGAACUGGGCAGCUCGUUGCUUUGGAUCUAAUCUAUGUAUCUGGUGAAAAAAGUCAGCCAGACCCUGGAGAACUCACAGACUUAACAGCUCAGUACUUCAUUCGAUUUGAGUCUGAAAACCUUCAGUCCACAUCGAGGAAACAGCUGAUUAUCAGAAACUCUACACAUGUGGAGCUGGUCUUCCGUUGGCAGAUCAUGAAGCCCAACCUGAAGCCUCUAAUGCCUGGAGAAACCUACAGCCUGAACAGCAUCAAGCACCACCCUGAUAGGGAGACUGCCUUCUCCAUCAAGCCUGAAAAGGGGGUUCUUGGCCCUCACACAGAUCAUGAGUUUAUCCUGAGCUUUUCUCCUUAUGAGCUGAGGGGUUUCCAUAGUGUUCUGCAGAUGGUGCUGGAAGACAUUCCCAAGCCUGUAAGCUCAGAGGUAGAGAACCAGGCGGACUACUUAUAUUCUGCGGAUGACCUGAUUGUUUUGGAAGUCGAAGUGAAAGGCUCAGCAGAGCCCUUCCAGGUUCUCUUAGAACCAUAUGCCCUCAUCAUCCCAGGGGAGAACUACAUUGGUGUCAAUGUGAAGAAAGAUUUUAAGAUGUGGAACAACAGCAAGUCACCCAUCAGAUACAUGUGGAAGAAGAUCAGUGACUGUCAUAUCAUUGAAGUGGAGCCCUGCACAGGGGUCAUAGAACCCAAUGAAGUUGGGAACUUUGAGUUGAACUUUACCGGGGGUGUCCCUGGCCCAGCAAGCCAGGACCUGCUGUGUGAGAUCAGACACUCACCCUCACCAGUCGUGUUACACAUUGAGGCAGCCUUUAAGGGACCUGCCCUUGUGGUCAAUAUCUCAGCCCUCCAGUUUGGUCUGCUUCGCCUGCGGCAGAAAGCCAGGAACUCCAUCCAGAUCCAAAAUGUCAGCCAGCUCCCAGCUGUGUGGCACCUGAGGGAGAGCCCAGUCUGCCUGGAAGAAAGACAUGAGAGUGUGUCACCCUUUGACAUUGAGCCUUCCAGUGGCCAGCUCCAGCCUCUGGGAGAGUGCACUGUGACUGUCACCUUGGAGGCCGUGCAUUGCCAGAGCCUCCAGACUGUACUGGAGCUGGAGGUGGAAAAUGGGGACUGGAGCUACGUGGCUGUGUGUGCUGAGAUCCAGGAGCCCCACGUGUACCUGCAGAACAGCCAGGUGGAACUCAGCAGCCUCUACCUGGACGUGCCCACAAAGUCGACCCUCUCACUCGUCAACAGCACGCUCCUCCCCACCCGGUUCCACUGGGGCAAGCUCCUGGGAAACCAAGCAGCCUCCUGCACAGUGACAGUUUCCCCUAGACGUGGCCUGCUGGGCCCUAGUGAGGAGCAUCAGUUCGUCUUGGAGUUCACAGCUCAUACCCAGGACAAGCUGACCAAUCUGGCCCUUCCUUGUUAUGUGUCAGGCAUGAAGAAGCCACUGGUCCUAGGCAUCUCUGGGAAGCCUCAGGGCCUGCAAGUGACUGUUGCCAUCUCUGCAGAGGGUUCUGAUAGCAGUGUUUGCAGCGCAAAACAGUGGCCAGGCCACCCGGAAGAGCUCCACCUGGACUUUGGCUCGAUGGUGCCACUGAGGACCUGUGUGAAUCGCCAGCUCAUCCUGAAUAAUCACUCACCAGUUCAGACUUCUUUCACCCUCAAGUUUGAGUACUUCGGGAGCUCUCCGAACAGCCUGAGCAAAAGGAGCAGCUUGUCUGACUUGCCUCCUGCCCUGCUAAAGACAGCACGCAUGAGAGAGCACUUGGCCAAGCGAGAACAACUAGAUUUUAUGGAAAACAUGUUAUCUCAUGGGAAAGGAGCAGCUUUCUUCCCCCAUGUUUCCCAGGGCAAGCUGAGGGCCUACCAGAAGCUGAGCAUUAAAAUCACAGCUUGUGCCAACAUGUGGGGCGAGUACUGGGACAGCCUCGUUUGUAUGGUGGGAAACUUACCACCAGCGGUCAUCCCAGUGCACAUGGCAGCAGUGGGCUGUCCCAUCAGCUCCCUAAGGACCACCUACUACACCACCGACUGCUUGCAGAAGGAGCCUGUCAUCAGGUUGGGGACCCACAUCUCUGGAGGAGACACAAUCAGACGGACCAUUCGCCUGUAUAACUCCAGCCCCUGUGACAUCCGCCUGGAUUGGGAGACAUAUGUGCCAGAAGACAAGGCGGACAAGCUGGUGGAGUUGCGGGUGUUUUAUGGGCCACCUUUCCCUCUGAAGGACCAAGCUGGGAAUGAGAUUGUAUGCCCUGAGAAGCCCAAGAACAGCAGUUUACUUGGGCUUCUGUCCCCCUCCAGUGUGUCAGAGGUCAGCCAUGCAACUGCCCCAUUGGUGGAGGGCCAAUCCAGUGCCAGUGAUGGAGCCACAGAGCACAUCAUCUCAGUCAUCCUGCAGGAGCAUGAGGGGGUGCCUGCCCAUCACCUGUUUAGUGUCAGUCCAAAGCAGAUGGUGAGUCAGGCAGGGUUGGGAGAGGCCUCAUGGAGUCUGCACUGGCCACCUACUGGGCACAGGUCAGUACUAAGGCUGUUGUGUCUGUGCCAGGUGGUCCCUGCUGGGGGCAGCAGCACCAUCUGCAUCUCCUUCUCACCCAUUGUGCUCAUCCCUGACACUCUGCACAAGGUGGCAUGUACUGGCUACAUCCUGGGCUAUAUGAGCUUGGACAACAAGGAGGAAAGAGAUAUUCCAGGGCAGAGACAUCGGCUGCAGGACUUUGCUGUAGGACCCCUGCGACUGAACCUGCAUGGCUUUGUGAGGCGUGCCCAGCUGAGUGUGGAGCUGGAUGACAGCAGCAGUGUGGAGUUCCGGUGCCAGGCCAGUGACCUCAUCCCUGACCAGCCCUGCGCUGGGGUGCUAAGUGAGCAGCUGACCACCCAACAGCUGAAGCUGGUCAACACCACAGAAAUCCCACAGUACUUCCAGCUGUUGGUCUCCAGGCCCUUCUUGGUUUCUCAAGCUGCAGUUAGCCGGGGCCACAGAGCGGGCUCUGACCAGGAGCAGGAAAGUGAAGAGGAGAUGGCCCCCGUGAGCAGGCAGCUGGUACUGCACCCGCAGGAAAACAUGCUGGUGAAUGUGUCCUUCUCACUCUCUCUGGAGCUGAUCUCCUACCAGAAGCUCCCAGCUGACCAGAUGCUACCCAGAGUGAACAUUCAGCAGAGCUCGAGUGGAAAGAAGGAGAUGGUGUUCACUCAGGAUCUGCUGUUGGAGUUCCCCAACCAGACCACUCAGGUGGUGCCCUUGAGGGCCAUAGUGGCUGUGCCUGAGCUGCAGCUCUCCACCAGCUGGGUGGACUUUGGGACCUGCUUUGUGAACCAGCUGCGGUCCCGGGAGGUUGACCUACUGAAUCUGAGUGGCUGCCGGAGCUACUGGGCCGUGCUGAUGGGACAGCAGGAACCAGACAAGGAAGCAAAGGCCUUUGGGGUCUUCCCAAGCAGUGGAUUGCUGGAAGCCCGAACCACCAAUGCUCCACCAACCUCCAUCACCCUGCAGGUGUCCUUCACUCCCAGGUACAGCCUCUCCUGGACUCCUUUCAAUGACCAAAGGCUGAGGGCUCCUGCCCAGGCACUCUUGACUAGCCCUUCCUGCUGCCGUAGGAGCACUGAGCUGUAUGAGUCCACAUUGGUGGUGGAAGGCAUGCUUGGAGAGAAGACUUGCACCCUGAGGCUGCGGGGCCAAGGCUCUUAUGAUGAGAAAUACAUGGCAUCUCACUAGCUCUGAGGGUCUGCUCUCCCCUCUGCCUCAGCCCCAGGUGAGGGAACAAACAUGGCCCAGGGCUGGGGAGAGGUCUGCUGGGUCAUGGCACCGACUGAGGGGUUCUGAACAGCUCCUGGAGGGGAGGAGCCCUCUCUGGGGCAGUGGUCUCAGCUGAAGCUGAAACAUGUGUCCCCAGAUUUAACACAGAAGAGAGCCAUGAAGGUCAUGGCAUUUAAGAUUUGCUACUCAGAGCACAGAGAAGACCAAUGAGGCAAGAUCUGGACUUUGGAAAAAAACGCCACCAAGAUGAGAUCACAGACAUUUACUCUCCAUGCAUCGCUCAUCCACAAAACCACCCUCCUCCAAGAGUUAGAAGACCUACUGGCCUGGGUGACCAUGCUAACUUUUCCUAGCUAGAGGCCCUGACAGAAGUGACACAGCAUCCCCACUUACUCCCACAUGGUAUUAUCAGUGUUCACCUUUUCCAAAUUGCUGAAGUGUCUUGAUUUGCUGAAUGUGCCAUGUGACUUUCCUUCUUUAGUGUGCCUCUUUGGGGACCAGUGCAGGAUUGUCUACAUAACUCACAGGCCAUAGCCUCAGUUCCCAGGAUACUCAGAUGUCAAUGGUUCCUAUGCUGGUCCUGGUACUUGUGGACACCCCUCCAUAUUCUCUGGAAAUGAUACUAUGGUAGCUUGGUAGAGGCAUGCUAGGCUGAGGCCCAACUACCUCUCCCCUGACAGGGCUUCUAUCAUGGACCAGGACCCUCCUGGUGACAGAGGAUGUAAAACUAGCUGACCAGAUAUGUGGGAAGAUUGUUUCCUUAAGUGUCCACUUGGGCACACACUCAAGGUGGCAGAUUCCUUUUGCAGCCAGAGUUGCUCACCAGGCUGACCUCAGGGAGGACACAGAUAACACUUCUGUAGCUCAGUGUCUGUGUGUGGGUGUUCACUUCUCCAACCCUGACCUGCCCAGAUCCAGACUUGGCCAUACCCAGCACACCCUGAGUUACAUAGACUUACCUCUUCCUAUGACUCUUUAGCUGUUUGAGCAGCAUAAUAAUCUGUUGUGUCUGUGUGCAACUCAGAGCCACUGAACCAUCCCAAAGGACUCAAGUUCUCAGAGGAGAUACCCACUUAUCCAGGAAGUAGGUGCUCAAGAAGAAGCCAGAGCAGCAGCUGGAGCCUCUGUCCAGCCUUUGCACUAUUUGCCUGGUUGCUCCCUCUGGGCUGGCAAGGCUUAGGCAAAGGAAGAGACAAAGGCUCACCGUGCUUGCAAAGGUCUCAUUGAUCUCAGAGAUGUCAACAUGAUUUGCUGUCAGCCCUGCAGGCAAAGUAUGGACUAGCUGGCAGUGGCCUCUGGGCAGGGCUGUGGGUCUCCUUGGGCUCUGACCCAUGUAAAGGCCCACAGGUGUCCAGUGUGUCUACCUCUUGUGGAAGGGUAACUAGUCCAGUUGUGGGAGUCAUAAAGGCUCUGGGAAUAGGUGCUGGCCUUUGCUUUAUAACACCCACAGGGUCACCCCCAGUGUUUUCUCAAGCUUCCUAUGCAAGGCAAGAGGGGGAUCCAGGUCUAAAAAGUGAUGGCGCCAUCUUACCUGCCUUUGUGAAACUACAAGGAUGAGGUAGGCAAACCCAUGUUGUCAGGUAGAAACCCAACCACUGCACAGGACCUCAGGACUGGGGAGACCUAACUCUUCUGUGUUGGACCUCCAGGCCAGCAAGAUAGCUGCUGCCCCAUCAUUCAACUGGCUAGAGUUUCCUAAGGGUAAAUGUUUGGGAAGAGGAAGUAUCAGGGUGAGGCACCCCAGUCCUCUUACUGUUGCCUUGCUGAGGGUCCAGGUCAGCACCAAGCUCCCAGAAGAAUGGCCAGCCUGACCUUGUCCCAGCCCAGCCCAACCUGGUCUCACCAAUUGUGGUAGUGCUUCUGUCCUUGAAGGCAGGCUUCAGCUUGGCCUUGCCCUCUCCCGAGACACGGUGAUGCUCUUCUUGUAAUCAAGGAUGGUGGUGGUAACAGGCACAGUGGCACUGUAGAAACAGCCCCUGCUCAGGGCAGCCUUUGCUGCCCUGUUAGCCCUGUGGAUGUGCAGGCUCAGGCUCUCUUGGGGUAACCCUUUGCCCUGUUUCCACUUUGCUUAUUUGGGUAGACACAACGUUAGGCCUCAGAAUUUGGGAUCAUACCUCAACCCAUGGGAGCUCUGAGGGACUACUGGGGUUCCUCAUGACUCCAUUUCCUGGAGUCAGAGGCAUUCCUGUGUCAUCCUGGGGCUGUUCUACUUUCAACCCCAGAGUGGUACAUCGGGGCCAGUGGCAUCCUUAAAGCAUAUGGGGGAACUUUGGAAUUGGUGCCUCUGCCCUGGAGGGACUAAGUGCUUGGUUGUUUUGACUAGAGGGAGGCUGGAGCCUCAGGAAUAUUCUUGCUGGAUUGUGUUAACUUUCCUGUUUGACACCAAUGCCUAAAUUUCUCCUUUCCUCCAGUUUCCCUAAAUUGAACAUGGCAGGUAACUACGCACUAGAUAUAUUUCCCUACUUACACAGUUUUGAAAUAGAUGUUUUAUGAGGGUGAAACUUUUGGUCAGAUUCAAAAUGUAACCACUCAUAGACUUUAUAAUGGGAAGGAACCAUAGUUGUCAACAAGUGCUCACAUACUCACCUGGCCACAAGAAGCUAAGAAUCCCUGCCUUGGAGAGGCCAACUGUGUGAACGAUAAUCCCAUUCCUCUGUCACUGCGUCUCUGGAAGAUUGGGGUUGGAGUGGCUUAGUCCACCUCUGCUUGAAGGGCUGAGCAGCUUGGUUUCUCUGAUGUGAGCAUCAACCCUGGUGGAUGAAGUAGCUUCCCUAGAUCCAGAUCUGCAGAGGCUAGGAUGGCAGGUCUAUCAUAUUUCUGGCCUCAGGUUGAAGGCCUCCAAGUUGGCUGGUGGCUAUCAUAUCCAGUCACCACACAGCAGCCAGUUAGAGAUUACUGAACAAAGGAAAUUCAGGCUUAUCUAGAUAGAAGACACUCUGAGACACUUGUGUGAACAGUCAGAAGAUCAGAAGAGCCAUGAACCACAAUGGCUGGGUCCUUUUCCACAUCCAACUGGAGGCAGGAGCCUUGCAAAAACCUCAUGGGGUUCUGUAUCCUCAGAACUGCCCCACCACAGACCAACUAGGUUGGCCUCACCUCUUUCUCCAGGCUUUUUGAUGUUUCUCCCUAAGAUGCUGGAAAAAUACUGCUGGGAGUUCAGUGCACAGGUGGCAACCUGCUUCUCCUGGGAAAUGCCAAACUACCUAGUUCUCUGAGGUUAUCCUAGCACACAUCACUAAAGCAUGUGGGCAUGGGUCUGGUACCCUGCAAACUAGGCUUGGCUAAAGAUUUGUGCUUGGGAGUUUGUACUUCUCGGGCCAUUGGGAGGGAGGCCAAUCCAACCACACAGACACUGGAAGUUGCCAAUACUGGCCAGAUCUCUACAUACUCAUACCCCAAAGACAAUCUCUCCAAGAAGGAGGGAAGACCACAUACAUGCAUCCAUGGAAAACCCUCUCUAGGUGGUCUGCGUCAGCACGGAGAGGAGAUACAGUAAGGUUUGGUGGCCCCCUCCUCUCCAGCUUCUAUAUGGCUUUCCAGGAUGUCCCUGAAGAUACAAUUUGUGAAGCAAGGCUGGGUAUUGCCACCUCACAGCUUCUUCACCCAACAGUCUUCUCAGAUGUCCUUUUGUAGCCCUAACAGCCUGUCUGGGGUGGUGCUGUUGGCCAGAGCUCAGGGACACUGAAUGCAGAACAAAGUGCUGGAUAAAUGCAACAUGCAGUAGUUCCCUUCCUGUAUCUGACAGGACCCUGUGUAUGUAGGAAUCAACAGCUCUCCCUGUUUUCUCAACUCCUUACCCACUCUGCUGGUAACAUUGACCUGGCUUUAGUACUUGAGUGAGGGACUGAGAAGGUAGGCUAUGGUUGAAAUGCGGAGGCUCAGAGAGACCUGAAAACACUGGGAGCUCAGAGAGACCUGAAAACACUGGGAAGGGAAGCCAAUGGCAGCAUUAAGUGUCAUGGCCAGCUUUGUUGCCGAGCUGUUGACACCCAAAUGUAGAAGGCUAAGAUUUGGCACAGGCAGUCACAGAGAUGAGCAUGUUGCUUGUCUCUACUCCAGGACAGGCAGACGGGUGCAGCCAUAUGGAGCUGUGAGUGCCCAUUAGGAUGAGACAAUCUCUGGCCUUCUCAUUCUCCAAUAAGAAUGAAGUAAUAUUUUCAGGACUCCUCUCUCACCCAGGGUCACAGACUCCAUCCUGGGGAGGAGAAUGAGAACAGGAUGGAUCUGAGCCCUCAGGAACCCUCAGGGAUGACUGGACUAUAGCAAGAGCUGGAAAAUAGGCCAAGAGCACUUGUGGGGUCUCUGGGUUUCUGAGAAGAACUGGAGUUUUUGUGGGCAGGAAGGUAGAGCUCUGUUCUACCUCCACCCUGACAGAGAAUUAUACAGUCUGCUCCUGGGCCCAGGGUCACACAUCCCAGCAGAACUGCUGACCCAGCUAAUUAUCAUUUUCUUAGGAUUGCAGGACACACAUGCAAUGUUUCCUUGUGGAGACAAGGAAAAAAUACUUUAGGGUGAGCACAGCUCAAGUCCAACACUAACCUGACCUGUAUAGAUGUGACAUGUGAUAGACUGAGAGGAAGGAGAGGUGGCCAGUGCACAGGUCAAAAGUGGCUAAGAGACAGCACACAAGGCCUUGGGAAUACCAGACACACUUGACUGAGUAAUUUCCUACCUCCAGCACCAGUUACAGAUUUGUGAUACAAGCUCCAUGAUAUUAGACGUAAUUAUGGUUUCAUUUCAUACUCUUAUGAACCAUGGUAGAGCCGAGGUAAAAAUCCUCUUUUAUGAUGAGGAUACUGAUGUCUUUGGUGUGGAGGAAAUUGUGCACGCUCCAGAGGGAACAGCUAUUUAAGUGGUUUGGCCCCAGAACUCACUAUGAUCUCACAUUUCCUGGGUGACUCCGUAUGCUGAAACCCUUCAAGAUCAUCAGAUUGUGACGUUCGUGUCCUCCUGGCUAAGAUCCUUAGUAACGUAGCCACCUGGUCAUUAACUUUCUUGGAAUCAAAGCUUCCUAUAAAACUCAUAAAGGCUCCAGUUCCUCUCUUCAAGUUACAAGCUGAGGUGCUUAACAAUACUGUGCUCUCCUUGCUCUCUCCUGGUGUCCCUGGAACAGGAAAGCUACAAAGGGCAGUCUGGUCAGUGGCCUUCGACUCAUGAGACUGCAUGUGUGUAAACUUGGCUGUCUUUCAACUGAGGGACAGAUCAGGACAAAUCCAGUGACAAUCAUCCCAAUCUGGCUAGGAGCCAUCAAGUUUUCUUGUCAACACAUACUGGACAGAGGAGAUAAGAGGCAGCAUGAGCUUCUUGUAAGAACGUGGGCUGCUUGUCUUCCAUGUGUGCCAAAGACUCCCUCAGUCUGCUUGUGUAACACCAGACACCUCCAGUUUGGGCUUUUACACUCUGCCCUUUCCUAGAGGGACUGGGAAAUACCUCCUCUCUGGGUCAUGCCCUGCAGACAAAGAUGAAGCCUCUGUCUAGGUAGAGGUUACGGUGACCAAAUAGAGAUCUUAGCAUGUAUCUCAGAACACAGUAGAUGACCAGAUACUUCCAGUUUGGGAAUAAGGAAACAGCCUAGUAAAUAGUAAUGACUCGUCACUGCUUUUAAGAAAUGGACUCUUCACUUUCAGCAACAUCAUUACUUUAAAAAGUUACACAAGAAAGGUUGUAUGCUAUGUGUCCCCACAUGUUGCACUCUGAGACUUCCAUGAAAGAAAGCCAAGAGGAAAACUCUCCUCACUCAUCACUGUUGAGAAAUGAGCCAUUCUCCAGGAGCCUGAUUUGGGACCAUUCUUAGGCUGCAUUUGAGGGACCUCACUCCUAGCCAAAUGCCCAGAGAGCUAAAGGAGAAUCCUUCCAUCACAGUUCUUGGAAACUUAGGAGAGGAACAUUACUUUGAAUAUCACAGUUGGUUAGUAAGCUCCAGCAAAUAGAAAGUCUUACCCAUGUUAUAAGACCCAUUUCUUAUUCCACCUGCAACAGAAGCAUUUCAUAAACAUCCUUGGUCAGAGUUUGUGUGUCUUGGGGGCAGCAGAGCCCCUUACCCACCUUUUUAUUGUCAGUGAGCCCAGCUUCAGAACCAGAAGACCUAGAAGGACUUUCAAAAGUCUUGGAGCUCCUGCGCUCCCUACAUACUUAAGAGCCCUUGCAGCAGUCCUGCUGCUGGGUCAGCAGCCACUGGGGAAAGCAGCAGGGGAAGGCUGGGGCCGACACACAACCCAGUCACAACUUACCAGCUAUGCUGGCCACUGCCUGAGCCCAGAUGAGCACUGCCUAUUGACAGUAAACAGAGGGACAGUCUCUGGAAUGCUACUGCAAGAGAUUUUGAGGUGAAAGUCAAGUACUUGCCAUGGAGAGGUCUCACCUAAGCCUUUCUAGUCACCCCAUGACUGGACCCUCAUAUUCCCACUGGGAUAAAGAUCUUCCUUGGGGACCACUGUUCUAAAAGCUCUUGUUCUAGGGUUUUUCAGGCUUUCACACUGGGGCCAUCCGUUGAACCUAGGCCAGAUAAUCUGCCUUUGCUGACAGAACAAAGGCCUGGGGAUGUUUUCAGGCCCCCUUCAUACCACUCUGAAUGAAUAUAUCCUGAUGGCUCUGGUGUGCAGCAAGGUUUGUAAACCUCUGGGCUAGGGUCAGAGCCAGACUAUGCAGGAAAUUUUGUAGGUAGAUGGUUUCCUAGACCUUUUGAACUCCUCCCAGGUACCCUAAUUUUAGAGAAGAGGUUGUGCCCUCAAAUUAAGGGUUCUGAGGAUUCUGGUAAACUCAUAACUGAUGUCCAACCAGAUCCUCUACCACCCACCAGCAGAGUUCCUUGGGAAUGGGACCCACUCAAGAGUUACAACAGACCAUUCAAGAGUCAGAAGAGGAAAAAAUUACCUCAGAAUUUAGGCAAUCCGGCUAUAAUGACCCCAGCCCGGGCUGAAGCACAUUUCUAUGGAAAAACAAUUCUUUACUCAGUGGCACAUGGUGCUCUGGGCAUUAUGGUAUAGUUGUACCAGAGAGACGACAUCCCAGAUCUUCCUUCAGGAAUUUGAGCCUUCCUCAGGCUCACUUGAGUCACUGGAAUUUCAGGGUCUGGACAAGGGAGCCUGCCACCCACAGCUUGUUCUGUUAUACAGGAACCCUACUGCUGGAGGCUCCCAAGCAUGUUUGCCCAUGCACCCUGCUUUUCAAAUCAGCACACACUAUGCAUGUAGCCUGCCCUUCAAGGUAGGACCUUAGAUGAUUUUAGGGAAAGAGGAAUAUAUGCAAAACUAAUCUAAUAGAACUGGUCCGACUGAGGAUGGAAAUGAACUUCUGAAAAUACAUACUUCCCAAAUAUCUUCAAAGCCUGCCCUCUCUCCAGAAAGAUUUAUUAGUGCCUGUUAUUUCCACCCAGUGGUGGCAUCCACUGGAUGCAACUGUGCUCUAUAUUAUGUUAUAUUUUAAGAGGUGAAGUGUAGGGAUGGGAAUAGUGUUGAACUGCAGGUCAGGCUCGCCAUAGGUUCAUGUCCUAGCUGUUAGGGCCGUUACCCUAGGUCUCGCGUUUUCAGUCUUUGAAGGCUGUUCUGAUGGUAUUGUGUUCCUUCCUUGGUAUAGGUAGGAUGGGAGGGAACCUUGGUCUGCCUCCCAUGGUCUUGAGACCCUUGUAGUUACGAACAUUCUUGCUUUCCAUCAUAUUUAACAAGCAGUAUGUGCCUGUAGGAGGAACACAGUGUGUCUGGUGUUGGGGUUAAUUAGAUUGGCCCUCAGAAGAUCAUAUUCAAGAAGGUGGAGUCCAUCACAGGUUCCUUCCGUGAAAACUGGGGCUUAGGAUGUGUGGGAAAAGGAUCUGCACGGACAUGAAGACCAGAAGGGCUUAGCGCAGGGCGUGGGUGGGGCGUUUACCUACGGAGACAUCUCCCAACUGUUCCGGACUUACGUUCACAUUCUGGAGAACCGCGUGCAAAACAGCUGACAGAAGCGCACCGCGGGUGGUGUUCUGCAGGGCACGCGCAGCGGCAGUGAGCCCGGCUCCCGCCUUCCUACCUCAAGGGGACAAGGCGACUACAGCACGAGUGGAUGCCGACAGCCUCAGACCCGGGAAACGAGCAGAUAGAACCUAGCCCGCAUGGGGACACCGUCUCAGACCCCGAGUUCCUCUUGGAGGGCUUCUCCUCGAAGCCGCCGGUAAGGUGGCCCAGCACAACCUGCGUCCUCCACUUGGCGCCACUGUUCCUGUGGCGGAGCCAGGGUUCUGGGAACAGACCUGGGGAAAUUAAAAAGGGUUUCCCUGCAGAAGCGCAGGUCCCACCCACCCCGCCGUAGCCAAUCAAAGAGCUAUCACGAGGACACGCCCACGGGGGCUCCGCCCCGGAGCCCCGCCCCAGGCACCGCCCACAUCUCCUGUCGGUCCAUAGCUCCGCCCAUCCUGGCCUUCCUGGCGGUCAGAGGUCGGUCUUGCUGAAGUCCCGCCUGGGAUUGCUGACUGGAGACUACACCUUUCCCAGCUUUUGGCAGCUACACUGGAGUCAGGACUGUAAAAGUGGUGUUGAUUUCUCUGAAUGAGUCUGGCCAUGGCCAGGAACUGCUGCUCCAAAGUCCUGUCCUCUGUUGCUGCCAAACGGAAGCCGGGGCCAUCAGGAUCCUUGUCCACCAAUUCUUGCAGGAGCAGUGGGACUCUUAAUUCCAGUUUCCCCUUCCUAAUCUGCUAGGCAGAGACCACCUUCCCUAAGUCAAGACCGAUGAUCUUAAAGACAUUUAAGACAUUUUAAAGACAUUUCAGACAGUUUUAAAGACAUUUCCGCAUUGCUGAGUCCUCCGAUCUAGUCGUGCUCUCCCAGGAAUUUUUUCACUUGAGGCCAUUUGAGAUUCUCUAAUCCCCUGAGAACGGAUUUUACAAAGGUGCUACAUUGAAACAAGCUCUAACUGGAGAGAGAACAUUUCACAUUCAUUAUACCGAUUUUACACUCCUUUGGGAAGAAUCUGUUAGAUGCUCACAUUCCAUACACCUCCUACCCCGUGGGAGGGUCUCUACCAAGGCAGGGGACCAUGACUGGCACAUACAGGUGAAUCAUAGAUAUCAGUUCAAUGACUGAACCAACUAGGUCUGGACUGUGCUCCUAACCCUAAAGAGCAAGGCCAAGUGUUCCUUGCCUUACAAUGGCAGGGCCAUGUGAUUAUCUGAGAUCUGGGAGAGUAGUGUUAGGUUUUGGCAGACACCAAAGAACAGCGUGCCCUGUGAAUCCCAAACCUAGGGAGUAGGCAGGGCCACUUGUGCUCAGACUUCCAAAGACAAUGUGCCAGUUGACACUGUCACCUCACAGUGCAUAGAUGUCUCUCCACAGUUCUCCUGGCAGGAUUGUGUGCUCCACAGAUUCCCAGGAGGGACAAGAUGGUGCCUUAUACCUUGUCCCCUCUCUACCAUCUAAGGCAGGCCCAUAUGAACCCUAUCAUCCCUAAUGGAAGAAAGUGAUUUCAUCAAACAGCAAAGAUGGUUUCCCUCAACUCCUGAAACAGAGUUGUAAGACUCCUGACCUCAGCCCUCAAGGGCAUGUCAGUUGAGUGUCAACAUCUAGCAGAUUGGAGACCUUGAGUAUUGUGUGGGUAUCCUAGUUCUUGGAUUCUCUUCUUUAAGAAGAUUUGAUCUCUGGAAAAAAUAAAAGUUGUGGGUUUAGCAAGCCAGUUUUUUGGGAAACAAGCGUAAUAUAACCUUGAGCAAGUAUUUCUAAAGGGCAGUGUAGUUCUAGAAGGGAAAGUGGGUAAUGCUACUUCCACACUUGUCUCAUUGCCAUCUCACAUUUGUCUUCCGCUUCUUCAGAGGCAGAUAGGGAAGUGAGGUGAAUGCUACCAGGAUACCCCACCUUGAGUCUGAUUCUCUAAUGGUUCCCUGUGAGGUUAGGAUUAGUUCUCAAUUUAUCUAGGGGUUUGGCAAAGCACACUUUGGGGUGUGUCUGUGUAGGUAAUGGGUGCGAGACUCAGCAGGGAGCCAGGGUGCUUACUGUGUAAAUAUCCUUGUCCUAUGCAAAGAAGGGCAAGGAGAUUUUGUGAGUGCUACACUUACCCUAAAUUGGGCCUGUAUACAAGGCAGAAGAGGCUUGUUUUGCUCCCUUUUGUUCUGGCUGCUUCUGCUGGCUGUUGCCUUGCCAAGUGUUGCCCCAUUGCCAUGCCACCCUGCCUCGCAGCCAGCUGAUUAUGGCCUGAAACCUUCACAAUAGCAAUAAACCUUUCCUUCCUUCAUUUUGGGUGUUGAGUAGUUGGUCCCAGCAAUGAGAAAAAAGUAACCAACACAUAUAUUGUGCAUUAAAUGUUUCUCUAGUAAGCACUGAUAGUGUAACAUUUAGUAUUACACUAACAAAACUCUGUGAUAAGAAUGAGAUCUCAAAGUGCUAUUCUGGCUGUAUAAAAAGUGACAAAGUUUUCUGUCCUCCUCCUUGUCAGAUUUAGACAGAACUUAUUCCCUUCAAGCUCAUGAUAUUCAAACAAACUGGGGGAGAGUGGAGAGGAUGAGACAGAGUCGGAACUCAGGAACUCCUCAUCCAUCCAGAGAGGAGCCUGACACUGGAGUUUCCUAGUCUGACUAUGGAUGGAAUCUUGGCCCUGUCUGGAGAAGUCCUAUGUUGAAUGGGAAAAACAGAUUCACCUAGGGCACUAGGGACUGUAAGUGGGGUUGUGCAGACUUACUCUCAGGGUGAUGGAGGUCAGAGGUCACCUAGGCAGGAGCCAUGAAGAAAGCAUCCCCUAGGAUGAGGACUGAGGAGAGUAGCUCUAGAGAUCAUGCUUAAUUGAAACAUGAAAAAAAAAAAGACAACAACAAUAGACAAGUCUGUGUAGUGGAACAAGUAGAAGUUCUAUUUCUUUAUAACUCACUUUGUCCUGAAUAGUGUAUGAAGUGGGGCUUUGAAAUCUGUUCUUGGCCUGUGCUUGAACUCAAAUCUCAGUGUGGUGUCCAAUGUCUGCUCUGCCUCUGGCCCUAGAGACAUUGCCCACCCAAUCCCCACUCCAUGCAGAGUGUUCCUCAAUUCCUGCAAGAGCUUAGCCAAAGACACUGGGGAAUUUAAGGGCAUCUGUAACCUCCUUAUUCCAGGACAGGGCCUCUGGGUUCUCCUGACACUUCCAAGCUUGACCAAGUCCUCGUCAGAGCAACAUGAUAUCUUUAUUAGAAUGAAUCACAGCCUAGCAUCCUGAGAGGGAUCAUUUUCAGAUCUUGAGGAGUUGCUUCAGACAGGGCCUAGAAUUUACAAACAUAUCCAGCCACUCAGCUGUAACCCACAUUGGUCUGGGGGCCUAGCCCUCCAGGACCCUGGUUGUGAGUUUUCUUAGCUGUGAACUUCUCCAAGCAGUGUUAAUGAGAUUAUCUGCAUCCAAUCUUGAAAUCUGAGCAUUGAUUAUUGCAUUCCUUGCUGCUUCCUCAGACACAUCACCACAUGUUGAAUCUUCAGCCAUUGCCAUCUUCUUGGUAUCAUAGUUCCUUUUUCUGGAGAUAUCUUCAAUGAUCUGGCUUACUUUUCUCUGGAAGCUGAGAAAAGCUAUCAUUGGGGCUGCAUUCCCAGGAGAUGAGCUGUUUUGCUCCUGCAGGUUCCCAGCCAAGCUUCACCAUGGGCCUAAGAGGGACACUUACCUCCAGGAGCAGGUGGGCUCCAUCUCCCAACUCCAGCCACACCCUUCUAUUUUCUAUCAUUUUGGAAUAUGUUUCACCAUCUUCAUCACCACUUUAUAUGGGUUUAAUACUCUCAAAAAUUCUAAUGGGGGAAGAAGUCUGGAUUACAUGGCAUUAUUUCUUUGUGUCUCAUUUUUCUCAUCUGUAAAUGGGAAUAGUGAGGAGCCUUAUUUUGCAUUUGCUUGGUUUGAAGACAAAAUAAGAGAAGGCAUGUAUAGAAUAGGCUUGAUAUAUGGUAAACUUAAAACUGUUGCCUAUUGUUAUUACUGUGUUACUGUAUUUUCCAAAUGAAGUAGUCUUCAGGAGGUAUUUGGUCUCCCCAGUGCAUGCACUAGGAAGUGGUAGCACAGAAAUAGAAAUCUAGAAAUCCAUUUUCCCUGGCUCUAUCACCUGUGCUCUUCAUCAUUAAAAAGUUCUCAAACUGUA